AUGUCGCAAGUAGGCGAUACCCGACUGGGUGAGGUAUGCCAGCCCCUUCAGCCAGCCGCUUCAACCCUAUCCAGAUCCGCCUCCCUCCCAGGCUCUACAGCUCCAGGCCAACGGGAUCGUCCCCCAGAAGGUAGUCCACCCGCGUGCCCUGAUGUGCCUCAGCCGGGCUAUCCGUCCAACACUGGCCAGGCGGAGGCGUCCCAACCAAAAUGGAACGAGAUUUAUUCGCUUAACCCAUCUGUGGAUCAAGCAGAAAUAGAACGUUGGGGCCACAAGGCCUUUCAUGAGGGGUCUUACUACUACCAACCUCUACACGAUCUUUGGUGCAAGCUUAGCACCUACGUGAGCAAUUUCAUCUCCGCUACAGGACCGAUAAAAUGCAUGUGGCACCUUCUGGACGAUAAAACAAAGGGAAGACUCAUAUCUUUUUGCCCCAUUUCACCGAAAAUUAUCGAAGACGGCAAAAAAGGCUGCAGCCAUCUCAUGUUGGCUUGGGUCUGGCGUAUUCUCUACGACAAUCUCCUGUCCCCGGAUUGCACUGAUAAAUGGUCAAGCGAGGAGUGGGCUCAUCUUGGAUCCUUCCAGCAAUCUCUGCAAAAAGGAGGCUUGCCCGAUGAGAGCAACGCUUUCACUCAUGCGUACCAUGCUGCCAAAUUCUGGAGUGUUCGCAUGGCAUACAUGCGCUUUGGGCCUCACUCGUCUGCCGAGCGACUUGAAAAAGUGAUUCUCGAUGAAAUCCUUCCUGUGAUGAAGCUACGCAAUCACCCAGAGAAUCAAGUUGAGUUGAGUGACAGCGAAUCAGGCUCGGAGCCCGAUAUUGAUCCCAAAACGGGUCUCCAUAGUGAGCUCGAUAAACUUCUUUCCAGAGUGGCCCGGACCGCCGUGGAAUUAGAUCUCUGGAUACUUGCCUCGGGUAAGAAUGUCAGGGUCGAUUUUCGGGAUCCCGAGACGGGCAACGUGUCGGGAUUUCCUUACAAGCCAGACUACAUGAUACCCGAAAACAAUUUGAUUCGAACUUCAGCACAACCAGCCGUUGGCGCUCCGGUCGAUUUGGUCGUCGAGCCAUUGCUGCGUUCAUUCGGCGAGCGGGCUACUAUCUCUUGUAAACAGCCUGGCUUCGUGGAUUUCUACCGGUCAGCAUUUGGGAAUCACCACAAGCGCACCGGAACGUCGAAGAUGUGGGUAGUCGUUGAUCACUUUGAUGAGUAUAAAGGCGGCGAAGAGUCUACAGCUUUGGGAGGGGGGUUUUCUGGUGCAAAGGCAGCGUUUCUGGACAGCAUGAGUUGUGCCGAUUGGGAGUGUUUCUGCGCCGUUUGCGGCGGGCCUCUACGGAACGUGAGCUACUUCAUCGACGACGACGAGGGGAGCCCGCGCCCUGGUAUGGACGCGUAUGACCCCAAUGUCUUCCUGACCCGACCUGAAUAUCCGGAGCUGGAAUGGCUGGAUGACAUUCGCGCCCUCGGAGAGAACCCAAAGACCGGUGCAUCGUCGAGUGUCUGGCUCUCAGGACCGGCUUCGGUAGGCGUCGAUGGAAACGUGAGGUUCGACCUCGACAAGGAUUCCGAUCCGGCUCUGCUGGACCUUCCAGGAGCUGGAGAUAUGCAGGCAUACUGCUUGGAAGGUCGAGACCCUUGGUGUGCACCAUUUCACGUCAAAUGUCAUGAGGUCCUACGACGCUUUCUUGGUGUUGAAUCUCUGGACAAGGAGGUACUCAACCAGAUAUUCAAAAGCUUGGGUUCGCGCGACGAAUGGGCGACGUGCCUGGGGAUUGACUACGGAGAUAUAGCCGGACAUAGGACGCGGGAUUGGUUCCCUCUGAGAAACCACGAAUAUCUGGUAUCUGAUCCGAUUGAUAUUGAAUGGUUGGCAAGAUUUUACAAGAAAUUUCCCUUGCGAAAGGAGGGAGAUGGUGAACCAGGCGGCGACUACAACACGCAGGGUGAUCCAUUCAGCACACUCCCCCCCGACAUCCUUUCACUAUUGGUAUUGUCUAUUCCGACGAUGGAUGGCGUUUUCAAAGCGAGGAUGGCGUCUCCUGCCAUCGCAAACGUCCCACUGUCCCAGUCCUUUUGGAAGUCGCGGAUCGUGCCGGACAUGCCCUGGCUAUGGGAUAUGCCCACUCCCUCGGAUGAACAGCGCUCAUCAGUAGACUGGAGUCGAGUCUAUAAGGAGCUGUUCUGGGGGAGCCAGAGGAACAAGACGUUGGGUCUGUGUAAUAGGAGAAGAAUCUGGACUCAAAUGUGUCCGCAAUUCGGGACGCGUUAUGCCUCCAUUACUGAGGCCAAAAACCAAUAG